GUUCAGUUAAAAUUUCGGCAUCGCAUUGAGAGAUGCUGCCGAUAGCGGAGUUUCAGUAAAGGGAGAGGAAAAGGAAAAAGGGGGAAGAAAAAGUGCUGGGUACAUUAUAUAUCUCGAUUCGUGCGACUCUUCAUCGGGGGAAGAUUCGUCGAUAUCGUCCCACCGGGAUCCCUUUGUUUUUCCUUUCGUUUUUUCGUUGCCUUACUGAAACGCGCCGCCGGAUUUGCACCCGAUCGUCGAACCGGCUGUGAGAAAAAAACUUCGCAACCAUGGCUAGUGUCUCCUAUCAAAUAGCGAAUCUGCUGGAGAAGGUAAUGACAUCCAGUGAUAAAGACUUCAGAUUUAUGGCAACUAAUGACUUGAUGAGCGAACUACAGAAAGACAGUAUCAAACUGGAUGAUGAUUCUGAGCGCAAAGUUGUAAAAAUGCUUCUUAAGUUAUUAGAGGAUAAAAAUGGAGAAGUACAGAAUCUUGCUGUCAAAUGUUUGGGUCCAUUAGUUAAUAAAGUAAAGGAUUACCAAGUGGAAACUAUUGUGGAUGCUCUGUGUACCAAUAUGGUAUCGGACAAGGAGCAAUUACGCGAUAUAUCUAGCAUUGGCUUGAAAACUGUCAUUUCCGAGCUUCCUUUGGGUUGUAGUGCAUUAGUCGCAAAUGUUUGUAGACGUAUUACAGGCAAAUUAAGCAGUGCUAUUGAAAAACAAGAGGAUGUAUCCGUACAGCUCGAAGCACUCGACAUUGUCGCCGACUUACUCUCUCGCUUCGGUCCUUUACUAGUCACAUUUCAUUCUACAAUUUUGACCGCAUUAUUGCCGCAACUCUCUUCGCCGCGGCAAGCGGUUCGUAAACGCACUAUAGUAGCACUGAGUCAUCUAUUGACAUCCAGCAACAAUUAUUUAUACAACAAAUUGCUAGAUUAUCUUCUCGAGGGUCUUCAAAUUCAAACAGCAAAGAACGUUAUACGUACCUAUAUCCAAUGCAUUGCUUCUAUUUGUCGGCAAGCGGGACACAGAUUCGGCGAGCAAAUAGAACGUGUUAUGCCAUUGAUUGUUCAAUAUAGUAAUGAGGAUGAUGAUGAAUUGAGGGAAUAUUGUUUGCAAGCAUUCGAAUCUUUUGUUUAUAGGUGUCCAAAAGAGAUUACGCCACAUAUAAAUAAAAUCAUAGAGAUUUGCCUAAUAUAUAUUACAUAUGAUCCAAACUACAAUUAUGAUGAUGAUAUCAAUGAUCUUUCUGAUGGAGAAGGUACUGCAAUGGAAAUAGAAGAAGACGGAGAGGAAGACGCGGAAGAUGAAUAUUCCGAUGACGACGAUAUGAGUUGGAAAGUUCGUAGAGCAGCUGCAAAAUGUUUAGAAGCGGUUGUAUCUAGUAGAAGAGAGUUGUUGUCAGAGCUUUAUAAAGUAGUGUCACCUGCAUUGAUUGCUAGGUUUAAAGAAAGAGAAGAAAAUGUCAAAUCAGAUAUAUUUCAUGCGUAUAUCGCUUUGUUGAGACAAACGAGGCCGGCUACCGGUGUUCCGCUCGAUCCAGAUGCAAUGGAAGAUGAUGAUGGACCUAUUGCAUUGUUGCAACAACAAGUACCGUUAAUAGUGAAGGCAGUUCAUCGUCAAAUGAAGGAAAAGAGCAUUAAAACGAGACAAGAUUGCUUUUCCUUGUUAAAAGAACUGGUGCUUGUUUUACCUGGCGCUUUAACUAAUCAUAUCCCAGCAUUGAUUCCCGGCAUCCAAUAUUCCCUGAGUGACAAAAAUUCUUCCUCGAAUAUAAAGAUCGAUACUUUAGCUUUCGUGCAUACGCUAUUGGUGACGCAUCAACCUGAAGCGUUCCACGUUCAUAUGCCAGUUUUGGCGCCUCCAAUCAUAUUAGCUGUGGGAGAUUCCUUCUAUAAGAUUGCUGCCGAAGCGUUGCUCGUAUUGCAGCAACUUGUACAAGUUAUUAGACCUCACGAUAAACCCUUCUGCCGCGGCUUCACCCCGUUAUCUAACGAAAUAUAUCACUGCACUCUGAUGAGGCUCAAAACGGCAGAUAUUGAUCAGGAAGUGAAGGAAAGAGCCAUCGCUUGCAUGGGACAGAUUCUUGCACACUUUGGAGACACUCUAUCAGACAAAUUGCACGUAUGUUUACCUAUCUUUUUGGAUAGAUUGCGCAACGAGAUAACUAGACUUACCACCGUUAAGGCUCUAACUUGUAUAGCUGCAUCUCCUCUGAGGGUCGAUCUUAAACCAAUCAUGGAAGAAGCAAUACCCAUUCUUGGAUCCUUUUUAAGAAAGAAUCAACGAGCUUUAAAACUUUCUUCUCUUCCUCUUCUAGAUACAUUGGUAUGCAAUUAUAGCUCAGCUUUGCAUCCGGACUUACUUGAUAAGGUUACUACGGAGUUACCUGCAUUGUUAAAUGAAUCAGAUUUGCACAUUGCGCAGCUAACAUUGAAUCUUCUUACUACCAUUGCAAAGUUACAUCCAGCUGCUCUAACGAAAGUUUCUGACCAUAUCUUGCCAGAGAUCCUCAUUCUUGUAAAGUCGCCACUUCUUCAAGGUGUCGCAUUAAAUUCAAUGCUUGAGUUUUUCCAAGCUUUAGUACAAGCGAAUCUACCGGGUCUCGGGUAUAGAGACCUUCUCGCAAUGUUAAUAGUUCCAGUUACUCAAUCCGUACUUCACAAACAGGCUUAUCACUCACUGGCCAAGUGUGCGGCCGCGUUGACAAUCACAUGGCAUGAAGAAGCGCAGUGUAUCGUGCAACAGUUGUUAAAAGACGUUCAGAAUCCAUCAGACAUUCAGAAUGUUGCCCAACACAUAUUUGCCUUGUUGGUCAUUGGAGAGAUAGGAAGACACGUAGAUCUGAGUGGAAUUAAUUCGUUGAAACACACUAUUAUAAAUUCAUUCUCUUCUCAUUCGGAAGAGGUGAAAUCCGCGGCUAGUUACACGCUGGGAAAUAUCGCGAUUGGAAAUCUUCCUGAAUACCUGCCUUUCAUACUUCAAGAGAUUGAGGCGCAACCUAAACGCCAAUAUCUGCUUUUACAUUCGUUAAAAGAGAUCAUCACGAGUCAGUCGGCCAGUCCAUCCGGUGUAUCGCAUUUGCAAAAUUUUGUGCCCUCAAUCUGGAUGCUCUUGUACAGGCACUGCGAAUGCACGGAAGAAGGUACUCGUAACGUCGUGGCCGAAUGUCUUGGUAAAUUGACCCUAAUUGAUCCUGCUACUCUAUUACCAAGAUUACAAGAAUCGCUCAAGUCGCCGUCGGCUCUCAUGAGAACAACGACGGUUACCGCAGUCAAAUUCACUAUUUCCGAUCAGCCACAACCUAUUGAUGCCAUGUUGAAACAAUGUAUGGGUAAUUUCUUAGUUGCUUUAGAAGAUCCUGAUCUUAACGUUCGGAGAGUAGCGUUAGUCGCAUUUAAUUCCGCUGCUCACAAUAAACCUAUGUUGAUAAGGGAUCUCUUAGAUGCGGUUCUGCCGCAUCUUUACACGGAAACCAAAAUCAAGAAAGAGCUUAUCAGAGAAGUCGAAAUGGGUCCAUUUAAACACACGGUGGACGAUGGAUUGGAUCUUCGUAAGGCAGCGUUCGAAUGCAUGUAUACCUUGUUGGAUUCAUGUCUCGAUAGGCUAGAUGUUUUCGAAUUCUUAAAUCACGUAGAAAACGGUCUUAGAGAUCACUACGAUAUCAAAAUGUUGACCUACCUUAUGACCGCGCGACUCGCACAAUUGUGCCCGACCGCAGUCUUGCAAAGGUUGGAGCGAUUAGUCGACCCGCUCAAGAGUACUUGCACGAUGAAAGUAAAAGCAAACUCGGUGAAGCAGGAAUACGAAAAGCAAGACGAGUUGAAACGUUCCGCUCUGAGAGCUGUCGCAGCGUUGCUAACUAUCCCCGAUGCAGAUAAAAAUCCAUCAUUGAGUGAAUUUGUCGGGCAGAUUAAGGCUACGCCGGAAUUGCAGCCACUUUUUGAGAUAAUACAAAAGGACUGUACCGGCAAUAAUAUGAAUGAGACAAAUGCGAUGGAUCAAAGCUAAGAGUCAUUGACUUAAUUCUUUUUUUGUAUCUCAUAUAGAUCGUCGUGGGCUAAGCGCGUUCGUGAUCAUAUUCUAUCCAUAGUUUAUUUCUAUACAUUAUUUUUUCAUUAUAUUAUAUUCUCGAUUUGAACGUAGUUUCUAAUAAAUGUGAGUUAAUGUAGCACGCCAUGUAUAAAUUUUAAAAUAAAUUUGCCGGCAAUAACCAUUUUACCAUCACAUGCUUAUAUCUCCUAUUUUGUUGGAUCGAUUUAUGCUAAUUAUCGCGAUAAGCGAUAAGAUCCAACUUAAUCAUACAAUCUUGCGCAAAAUGAAAUUAGCUACGGAAAGACAUGAGAAAAAUAUAAUAUCUUGAAAUAAAAAUCGCUUUCUCAGCGCUAAUAAAUUAAAACACAUUCGCGUGCAAUCCAUAAUUGAUGCAUGUUCGUAACGGUUUAUUUGGGUGACCCACUUUAUACGUGAUACCCAAAAUAAAUUUAUUAACAAGAUUGUGGGCAGGCGCUCUCCUUCAGUGUAUCCGUCAAUUGCAUUUUCCUUCAGUGUAUGAUAAAAAUAAUAAUUAAUAAUAUCUAAUCAUCGUGAUUGUGCAAGAAAUUCAGAGAUUGUACAAUACACAAUAUAAAGGAGCUUCGGAAGAGAGCACCGAGCAGAUCGAUGAAUGAUAGUUUGUUGCGUUAGAGUAACACGUUUGAGCGACUAUAAAUAGAUAGUAAUUGCAGAAAUAAUUCGCGUCUUGCUAAAAGGUUUGCGGUUGCGGUCGAUAGUCUCUGCGAUUGACAGUACUUGGCAGUGCAUUGACUUUGCGACGCAAAUACUCUGAAAGUAAAGGGAAAGAUUGACAGUACACUAAUAAUACUUUAUCUAAAUAAAGCGAGAGUCCGCAUUUGAAUUCUGUUGUACAAAAAUUUUGCAAUUAUAUUAAAUACAUAUAAAAUAUAAUUAUAUGUGAUAUAUAUAUAUAUAUUUCAAAUUGAUUUUCGUGUUUCUUUCUCUCGAAAGUAGAAGCUAUCAUUGCGUCAGGCGAGACGCGCUAUAUAUGCGAUUAUUAAUCGCGCGCGUGCAAAAUGUCAAUACGCAUACUCGAGUGCUAUGCAACUAUGCAACACAACUAACGUAUACAUUUGAUUGCGAUUCAUAUUAUAAGUGCUAGUUACUGCGUAUUUACGUCAUCAAAAAGUGGUGCUUAUCUAUUUUUUCUUUUUUAUAGAAAAAUGCUGUCGUUUAUUGAGAGUGUUUAUUUUGACGAAGAGUGAUUCAUAAACAUUGAUCGAGUUAGUGACAGCUAACUAUUUUAGUUAUCAAUCGCAAUAUUUUUACGAUAACAUUAUGAUAUUGUCUUCAUUGUGACAAUCGCGCUUGAUAAAAAAAAAUCUCAUAUAUUAUUAUAUUAACAAUAAUUAUAAAUUAAUGUAAAAUAUAAAUACAUUUUAGUGUGUAUAAGAAAUCUUUGGUCUCGCGGACUAAAGACUUACUAUCGUGGCUUCACGUCUAUUGGAUUUCACGUCUCGGUGUUUCUCGAGGAGAGAUCGAUAAUGAAAAAAAAAAAGACAACAUGACUCGAUCUUCGAGAAUCGGCUAAAUGUGUUAAAUAUUUUAGAAGGUGUAAAUCUCUCUCUCUCUCUUUCUCUUUCUCGCGGUUUGUAUUGCCUAAAGGCUGAUUAGCUCUCUAAUAAUUUGGCGAGAGUAAUUUGAAAGAGAGGGACCGUUCGUCGAAUUUCAUAAAAGUUCUCAUUUCUCUCGUAUUAGGGGCUGUGUGUGAAAAGCGAGAUGGCCUAUCUCGGGGCACGUACGCCACACGCGUACGUGCGUUGCAUAAUGCGCUGCAUCGGAUUUGCGCUUCCGCAGUGGCAGCAAUUUAACAAUGAUUCUCGUGAUUGAUACCGGAAGCUUGCACUAGCUCAUCCCGAAAACCUGCAGGCCUCCACGACGGCUCCGUAGUUCACCGAAAGUGGAAUCACGUAUUGGUUGUAGCAAUCUCUUAAAGUCGCUUGAAGUCAAAUCUUUAUUUUUUUCUUUAUAUUUUAAUUUUGUGUGUGUGCAAAGGAAACAAGUAUUAUUGUAUUAAAAAUAUCGUAUUUCAAGAUUUAAGAUUAGAAUCACAGGUGAUUAAAUUUGUAUAGCGGCAAAUUGGAACAUUAACAUACAGAAUUUUAUAUCUUUGAUGUCUGGCGAUAUUAUUAAGUAUCGAUAUGCAUGAAUCAUUGUUCAAUUUGGAGUUUAUUUUUAUUCUGAGAACGAAUUGCGUGGACCGCUCUCCGAUUUUUUGCGAAAUUUUAAAGCGAGUAUACACAUUCGCAAGAGGUAUUAUUUGCAAGCGCGCUUCUUCGAAUUUGAUUUAUAUGUCAAUUGUUGACAGUGUCAACAGCUUGCGCAAUUUACGCGAACUGUAUAUCAUCAUUAUUAAUAUUAUCAUUAUCAUUAUUAACAUUAUUUACAUAUUCUAAUCGAGAUUUUCGUUACAAGACCUUCCUUAUGACGAAAAUCUCGACUAGAAUGUGUAAAUAAUAUUUAUGCAGUUUCCUUUUCCCGUGAAUCAUCCGUUAGUUCUACGCGUAAUUCUUAUAUAAUGACAAAGACGAUUGAAGGAUUCUCGCGCGUGUUAUAAUUUACAUUUACAUCUAGACAUAACACGCAUUAAUUAUCACAAGAAAAAUAUCCAUUAUCGUUAAUGAUAUUUCGUUAGAGAUAUUUCGAGAUUUUCUAAUGCAAACUUGUAGUUAACAUGAAAAUUCUACAUUGUUUUCUCUUGUUCUUAGAAUAAUAUACACACUAUUAAAUAGGAAUGCGAGAAUACAUUAGAUAUACACCACGUUAGAAACACCACAAGUAGUCAUCAAUUACAUAAACAAUAGCUCUCGUGACCUUGUAACAAAUUCAUCGUAAAUUUUAUUGUAAAAUUGAAAAUUGUAUGUAUUGCUUUUUAUAUAAUAAUGCAACGAAUGCAGAAGAAAGAGUACAUUUUAUUAAACAGUAAAUGAUUUAAUAAAAAGAAUUGAUUUUUCGUAAUAUAUUUUUAAUUUUUCGUAAUAUAUUUUUAAUAUUUUGUAAUAUAUAUUUCGUAUAUAUUGAAUAUUUUUAUUAGCAAAGAAAUAAAAAUAUAUUUUAUCUCGAAUAUUUCUAUUGCAAAUGAUAUAUUUACUAUUAAAUGACAAACAUCAAUGAUAUAUUUAUUAUCAAAUAUAAACAAAUAUUAAUGAUAUUUAUUAUCAAAUGAAAACAAACAUCAUAAUAUUAAUAAUAUUAACUCCCACAUGUAUGUGUGCGUAAUGAAUUUUUCUCUCACACAUCUUAUUUAUGUCUCUCGUUUAUAAUAAUCUUAAUGUCUUAAAAUGUCUUAAAAUGAAUUAUUCAAAAUAUUAAUUCUGCAAUGUAUUAACAUUUUAUUAUUAUUUUAUACAGGUUUCUAAAUAUAAAACCGUCAUACGCUAUUUAGAGAAAAAGAUGAAAACAUCAUAUUACGCAUGUAUUGAGGUGAAAAUAUCGCAAUUAAUUAUAUAUCAUUUUUUUCAGAAUUCGAUUCUUAAGAGAAUUAAAAUGUCACCUGAAAAAAAAA